AGCAUUAAAAGAUAACAGAACUUUUAUUAUAUCCCCAUACUUUGAUGACAGAGAAAGCAAAGUCACUCGUGUGAUUGGGAUUGUUCAUCAUGAAGAUGUAAAACAACUAUACUGCUGGUUCUGCUGUCCACCCGAUGGAAAGAUAUAUGUAUCAAAAGCAAAAAUUGAUGUUCACUCAGAUAGAUUUGGAUUUCCUUAUGGUGCAGCAGAUAUAGUUUGUUUGGAACCCGAAAACUGUGAUCCAACACAUGUAUCAAUUCAUCAGUCUCCACAUGGAAAUAUUGACCAGCUGCCAAGGUUUGAAAUUAAAAACCGCAAGGCUGAGACCUUUUCUGUUGACUUCACUGUAUGCAUCUCUGCCAUGUUUGGAAAUUACAACAACGUUUUGCAGUUUAUACAGAGUAUGGAAAUGUACAAGAUUCUUGGGGUACAGAAAGUGGUGAUCUAUAAGAACAACUGCAGCCAUCUGAUGGAGAAAGUCUUGAAGUUUUAUGUGGAAGAAGGAUCUGUAGAGAUAAUUCCCUGGCCAAUAAACUCACACCUCAAGGUUUCUUCUAAAUGGCACUUUUCUAUGGAUGCAAAAGACAUUGGCUACUAUGGACAAAUCACAGCUCUAAAUGACUGUAUAUACCGUAACAUGCAGAGAAGCAAGUUUGUGGUUCUUAAUGAUGCUGAUGAAAUAAUUCUUCCCCUUAAGCACCCAGACUGGAAAUCAAUGAUGAGCAGUCUUCAGGAGCAAAACCCAGGGACUGGCAUUUUCCUCUUUGAGAACCAUAUCUUCCCAGAAACCAUAUCUACUCACAUGUUCAACAUUUCAUCCUGGAAUACUGUGCCAGGUGUUAACAUAUUACAGCAUGUUCACAGAGAGCCUGACAGGAAAGAUGUAAUCAAUCCCAAGAAAAUGAUAGUUGAUCCACGAAAGGUGAUUCAGACUUCAGUCCACUCUGUCCUACGUGCUUAUGGGAACAGUGUGAAUGUUCCCAUGGAUGUUGCCCUCAUUUAUCACUGUCGGGUGCCCCUUCAAGGAAACCUUCCCAGAGAAUCCCUCAUCAGGGAUACAACACUGUGGAGAUAUAACUCAUCAUUAGUCAUGAAUGUUAACAAGGUGCUAUAUCAAACCGUACUGUAAGCUCAAAAGUGAAACCUCGGUUAUAAGGAGGGACAGUGGAGAGCUACCCAUAUCAUGGAGAGGCAGAGAAUAUCAUUUAAAGGUCACGUUAAAAUCACUUCCAUGGGAAGUUUACAUCUUACAGAGAUUUAGGAGAACAGCCCUUUUAUGUACUGUGCAAAGGUAAAUGCAUUUCAUUUGUG